AGCUUGUUAAACACUCUUCCUCUUGCACGAGGACUCGCCGACCCAACAUCUGCCAACAUGUCCGAUAAGUGGAGCACCGGCCUCUGCGGCUGCUGCUCAGACUGCGAGACAUGCUGCAUCUCCUGCAUCACGCCCUCUGUCGCGCUCGGCCAGCAGAACAAGAUCAUCAACUCGGGCGAGUUUUGCAGCCCCUCGUGCUGCCUUUACUCCUAUUUCGGCGGAUUGCCGAUCGGGUGCCUCAUCGCCGGCUGCUGCUGCAUCGGCCCGAACCAGACCGCGCUCAAGUCGAAGCUCGGUAUCACCCAGAGCGACUGCCUCGGCGACCGAUGCUGCGCGGUGUGCUGCCAGUGCUGCGUGCUCGCGCGCAUGGGCCGCGAGCUCAAGGCGCGCGGCAUCUACAGCAUGGAGCAGCUCAACGGCCAGCUGCCAGCCACCCUCGCGCCCUCCAACAUGACCAUGGUCACCCCCAAGUAAGAACCGCUAAGCCGACACCCGGCGCCCCGAUUCUCGGCUGACGACGGUCCCGAAACAGAGCGAGGAGAACUCGAUUCAUCGUCAAUCGAGCGAGCGCACCGGCUGGCGACGCCAGGACGGGUUCAGAAACGACAAGUUCAGGCGCUUCAACGAAGCAAAGACGCCGCUCGUUCGGAAACAUCGCUAGAGUCGCGUUAAUUCGAUUUAAACCGCGUUCGAGCGAC